UUUGAUUAGCCAAAUGUGCUGAUCACGCCUGUAAGAGUUAGUGCUACGUCUCAUUCCGGGCUGAAAGCUGUUCAUCGCCUUCAUUCUCUUCGCUGGCUAGUCUGCCGGGCGGCGUGACCGAGACUCACAGUUAUGGCCGGAGACGGAUCAGACCAGCGGGCGCUGCAGUAUGAGCAAACUUUGAUGUAUGGACGCUACACCCAGGAGCUGGGGGUGUAUGCUAAAGAAGAGGCAGCUCGGCUGAGAGAGGGCAGUCAGAGGCGCUCGGUCAGCGAACGCAGCCGUGCCCUGGACCUUCUGGAGUAUGACAAGGGACGUUGUGCCAAAUGUCGCAUCUGCACUGUGCGCUGUCAGAAGUUCCUGAUCUCAAGGGUCGGGGAAGACUGGAUCUUCCUCAUCCUCUUGGGGCUGGUGAUGGCUCUGGUCAGCUGGGUGGUGGACUUCUGCAUAGCCAUCUGCCUACAAGCGCAGAAGUGGAUGUAUGGUGGCCUGGACAGUAAUGUGUUCCUGCAGUACCUGGCCUGGGUCACCUACCCCGUGGUCCUCAUCACUUUUUCUGCUGGCUUCACCCAGAUCCUCGCUCCACAGGCUGUCGGUUCAGGUAUUCCGGAGAUGAAGACCAUUCUGCGUGGCGUGGUGCUGAAAGAAUACCUCACCUUCAAAACCUUUGUGGCCAAAGUUAUUGGUCUCACCUGUGCUCUGGGCAGCGGUAUGCCUUUGGGCAAGGAGGGUCCAUUUGUCCACAUUGCUAGCUUGUGUGCUGCUCUACUCAGCAAAUUUAUGUCCCUGUUUGGAGGAAUAUAUGAGAAUGAAUCAAGGAACAUUGAGAUGCUGGCCGCAGCCUGUGCUGUGGGUGUGGGCUGUUGUUUUGCAGCCCCCAUAGGUGGUGUGUUGUUCAGUAUCGAGGUAACCUCAACAUUCUUUGCGGUGAGGAACUAUUGGAGAGGGUUUUUCGCUGCUACCUUCAGUGCCUUCAUAUUUAGAGUGCUGGCUGUGUGGAAUCGAGAUGAAGAGACCAUCACAGCCCUUUUCAAAACCCGCUUCCGCCUAGACUUCCCCUUUGACCUCCAAGAGCUUCCUGCCUUUGCUGUCAUUGGUAUUGCCAGUGGUUUCGGGGGGGCCCUGUUUGUCUACCUGAACCGGCUGAUCGUCCAGUUCAUCAGGAAACAGAAGGCCAUCAACAAGUUCCUCAUGAAAAAGCGUCUGUUGUAUCCAGCCUUGGUCACUCUAUUGGUGUCUACACUAACAUUUCCCCCAGGCUUUGGGCAGUUCAUGGCUGGCAAGCUGACCCAGAAGGAGUCUCUGGUGACCUUGCUGGACAACAGGACAUGGGCCAAGCAAGGCAUUGCUGAGGAGUUUGACUACAUCGGCCAUUCCCAAGCCUGGAAACACCCGCAGGUCAACGUCUUUGUUACCCUGGUCCUGUUUAUUGUCAUGAAGUUCUGGAUGUCUGCCCUAGCCACCACUAUACCAGUGCCCUGCGGCGCCUUCAUGCCAGUCUUUGUCAUUGGUGCAGCGUUUGGGCGUCUGGUAGGAGAGAGCAUGGCAGCCUGGUUCCCGGAUGGUAUCAACACAGAUGGCACCAUAUAUCCCAUAGUGCCAGGUGGCUAUGCUGUAGUGGGUGCGGCGGCCCUGUCGGGAGCCGUCACUCACACCGUGUCCACGGCAGUCAUCGUGUUCGAGCUGACGGGCCAGAUCUCGCACAUCCUGCCCGUGAUGAUUGCAGUGAUCCUGGCAAACGCUGUGGCCCAGUCCCUGCAGCCCUCCCUCUACGACUCCAUCAUCAGAAUCAAGAAACUGCCCUAUCUCCCAGAGCUUGGCUGGGGGACACCAUGAAACAUUCACAGACAGUAUAACAUCCGUGUGGAGGACAUCAUGGUGAGAGAUGUGAGGUACAUCACGCUCAACUGCUGCUAUCGAGACCUGCACGAUGUGCUGCUGACUGGCCACCUCAAAACCCUCGCUCUGGUGGAAUCAGCUGAAUCCAUGAUCCUCCUGGGCUCCAUCGAGCGCGCCCAGCUCCAGUCCCUCCUCUCCCAGCAGCUGGGUCGACCGCGCCGGCUGGAGUACAUCCGGGAGCGGACCGCGGCUGAGAAGAAGCGCCUGUCGGUGGUGUCGAACCCGAGCAGUGAGGACGGGAGCCACCGGGCCAAUCAUGAGGUCCGCUUCCAGAUCUCCACUGAAGAAUCGUCCUUCAGCCCCACCCGUACCACCCCCCCAAAGCCCCUCAAACCUGCUCUGAAGAGACCCUCCGUGGUAGACCGACCCACAGAAAUCCCCAUCAGCCAACAGGAUCACUCAGGCAUUGCCUUAAAGAACUUGUUCUGUGCCAACCCUGAGACAGAAGGCAACAACAACGUGGAGGGCCCUGCGUCUCCUGAACUCAGGAGGCCGCCCAAGCGUGUCAGGAUAUCUGUUGUGGAUGACACCGAUGUGGAGGAUGACAUGACCAUCAGAGAGAUCGCGGAGUGGGAGGAGCAACAGCUUGACGAGCAGGUCAACUUCAACAACUGCAAGAUCGACCCCGCCCCUUUUCAGCUGGUGGAGAGAACCUCGCUGCAUAAGACCCACACCAUCUUCUCCCUGCUGGGCCUGGACCACGCCUACGUUACUAGCAUUGGACGGCUCAUUGGGGUUGUCUCCCUUAAAGAGCUACGCAAGGCAAUCGAGGGUUCUGUGACAGUGAAGGGUGUGAAGGUGCGACCCCCUCUGGCCAGCUUCCGAGACAGUGGCACCAGCAGCAGCGAGAAUGAAGCCACCGAACUCCACAAGCUUUGGGACCGCCACAAAAACAUGUCCCUCCCUCGUGAACACACUCCGUCUGACUCGGAUGAGAAGUCCCAGUGA